AUGUUGUUCGGCACAACGGUUCUUGUUGUUCUAUUUUUCAUUCUCUUGUUGAUUGCUUACUUGUGGACUUUAAAUUCGCGUUACUCGUAUUUUAAAAGUCGUGGCAUUCCGGGUCCACCACCACAAUUUUUCUUCGGUCAUGUGCGAUCUCUCUGGUCGGCUGAAUCUAUUUCUCGUCAAUGGGAAAAGUGGACUCGUCAAUAUGGCUCAAUUUAUGGUUUGUUCGAAGGCACUCGUCCAAUCUAUGUUGUCUCUGAUGUUGAAUUUCUUCAUGAAGUCUUUGUUAAACAAUUUGCCUGUUUCCAUUCAAGACAUCUGCCUUUUACUGCUCGAUUGAAAAGUCGCAAUCUAAUUAAUUUAUUCGGAGCCAAUGGAGAUCAUUGGCGUCGUCAAAGACACGUGAUUAAUCCAACAUUUUCCACUACAAAACUAAAACUAACAUCACCAAUUGUCAAUGAAUGUAUUGAUGCACUGAUGAACAAAAUUCAAGAAAAAGAAAACCAAGAAUUCGACAUCUAUACGCUCUACAAACGGCUUACAAUGGAUGUUAUAUGUCAUUCUGCAUUUGGAAUCGAUACAGAUAUGCAGAACGAUAUUGAUAAUCCAUUUAUUGUCAAAACGGCUUAUUUCUUUGCAGUUCACCCUGAGAGAAUAUUUCUUGUCAAAUUAAGUUAUUUAAUGCCAUGGCUCACUCCAAUUCUUACUCUAUUCGUUCAUAGUAUAAUAGCUCUAUUCAAUGGAUUACGGUAUCUGGCACCUUCUUUCAUGAAUCAAUUCGAAGAAAUUCCUGGAAUGUGGAUAAUCAAUCAAGUAAAACAAGUAAUUGAAGCAAGAGUAAUCAAGAUCAAAUCAGAAGCAAAUAAUAAACAACGUCGAAUCGAUCUCUUACAACUUAUGCUUGAUGCAGUCACAUCCAAUGAAAUUAAAGAUAAGAAUGAUGAGAAUCUUAUGUCGAAACGAUUUCAUCAAGAUGAAGUGGCAAGUAAUGUAUUUUUCUUUAUGAUUGCUGGUUUUGAAACAACUUCGACUACACUUGCUUCUUGCUCAUAUAUUUUGGCGACAAGAUUCGACAUACAAACGAAACUUCAAACGGAAAUCGACGAGCUCUAUGCAGAACACAAUGGAGAACUCGAUUAUGAUCGUAUCAAUAAUAUGACUUAUAUGGAUUUGUUUAUUCGAGAAGUUUUACGCAUGUUUCCGAUUGCUCUUCAGGCUGUAUCGAGAGAAUGCAAUACGGAAACAAUUGUCUGCAAUUAUAAGAUUGAAAAAGGAGAUGUCAUUCAACCAGAUAUUCUCACGUUACAUUAUGAUCCUCAAUUAUGGGGUCCUGAUGAUCCUUAUUUAUUCGUACCUGAACGACACUUGACUCGACGACAUCCAAUGGCAUUUAUGGCUUUUGGUCAAGGUCCAAGAAAUUGUGUUGGAAUACGAUUUGCUCUAAUGGAACUCAAACUGUGUUUGGCUCGUCUUCUUCAUCAAUAUUCAAUUCUUCCUGGAAAACAAAUCGAACAAGGUUUUAUUCGUCGAGAGAUAUUAGUAAUUCAACCCGAUGCUGUCUAUAUUAAACUUGAAAAGCGAUGCUAA